AUGGAGACCAACGGUCAGGACAAGAAGCAGGAGCCUUCCAAGAGCGCGCUCAAGAAGGCUGAGAAGCAAGCCAAGCUAGCUGCUGACAAGGCAGCCAAAGCCGCGAAGCAAGCCAGUUUGGCUAUCGUGGGAGGCAAGAAGGAGGGCGGCGGCGGCGGCGGCGCUGGUGUUGGCGCUGGUGUUGGCGCUGGUGGUGGCGCUGGUGGUGGUGGUAAGAAGCAGGACGACAUUAUAGGCAUUACAGUGUCCAAGUCGGUCAAUUUCCCGCAAUGGUACCAGGAGGUUGUUCUCAAGGCCGAGAUGGUUGAGUACUACCAAGAGAUCUCUGGGUUCUUUGUACUCCGCCCCUUGACCAUGCACAUCUGGAGCACUAUUCGCAAGUGGUUCACCAGCCACAUUGAGGAGAUGGGUGUUGAGGAGACAAGCUUUCCCAUCUUCUUGUCUUCCAAGUCUCUUGAGAAAGAGAAGGAUCACGUCGAAGGAUUCGCCCCCGAGUUGGCCUGGGUCACCAAGGCCGGCGACAAGGACCUCGAGGUGCCUGUCGCUAUUCGUCCCACAUCCGAAGCCGUCAUGUACCCCUACUAUUCGAAAUGGAUCCGAAGCCAUCGCGAUCUGCCCCUUCGACUGAACCAGUGGAACUCUGUCGUGCGCUGGGAGGCCAAACAAACAACCCCCUUUUUGCGCACGCGCGAGUUCCUGUGGCAGGAGGGUCACACCGCGCACUUGACUGAAGAGAUGGCAGGCAAGGAGGUUCUGGAGAUUCUCGAGCUAUACGCCGGUGUCUACGAACAGCUGCUGGCUGUCCCUGUCGUGCGCGGCCACAAGACGGAGAACGAGAAGUUUGCCGGUGGUUACUAUACCACCACUGUAGAGGGCUACAUCCCCUCUAACGGUCGUGGUAUCCAGGGCGCGACAUCCCACUGUCUCGGACAGAACUUCAGUAAGAUGUUCGACAUCACCGUGGAGGAUCCCAAUGCCAAGGGCACCCAUCGUCACGUGUGGCAGAACUCGUGGGGUCUGUCUACCCGUGUCAUUGGUGUCAUGGUCAUGGUCCACGGCGACGACAAGGGUCUUGUUCUGCCUCCCCGCGUGGCCAAGAUCCAGGCCAUCAUCGUCCCCGUCGGCAUCAACAAGAGCACCACUCCGGAGGCCAAGAAGAAGCACGAAUCCGAUAUUGAGGACAUCCGGGCCAACCUGAAGAAGGCUGGGGUCCGCUGUGAGGUCGAUUUCCGUGAGGGCUACACCCCUGCCUGGAAGUUCAACGACUGGGAACUCAAGGGCGUGCCCCUUCGUAUUGAGUUCGGCCCCAAGGACGCCGAGGCACAGGUCAUCAGCUACGCCCGCCGCGACACAGGCUUCAAGGACAAGAUCGCGCUGUCCCACGCUGCCGAGAAGGUGCCCGAGCUGCUCGAGACCAUCCAGACCGAAAUGUACGCCAAGGCCGAAAGGUCGUUUACCGAACACCGUCUGCAAAUCACCGAGUGGGAAAAGGUCAUCCCCGCUCUGGACAACCGCAACGUCUGCUUGAUCCCAUUCUGCCUGGGCAUGAAGUGCGAGGACCGCAUCAAGGAGCUCACCACGCGCGCCGAGGACACUUCAGACAUCCCUGAGAACCAGAAGCUCCCAGCCAUGGGCAUGAAGAGCUUGUGUAUUCCCUUUGAGCAGCCAGAGGGCAUUGUCGCGGGUGAGACGGAGUGUCUCAACCCCGAGUGCCAGGAGAAGGCCCAGAAAUGGGUCAUGUUCGGACGCAGUUACUAA